UCUGACAUCCCGCUCUGCUGUCAGUCAGCGAGGCUGCAGACAGGAUCAGUCAGUCCGACAGCCUCAGGGGCGAGGGAUCACACUGCAUGGAGAGAAUCUGCUGCUGUAUCCAGUGCACGCGGGUGUGAGCAAGGUGAGGAGUCUCACCGGUACUGGUCCAGGUUCAGACGGGGUUGAGACAGUGCGUGGACGCGUGUGCUUCAGAGAGCGGACCGUCAUGAUGCUGGAGAGGAGCAGGGUGACCGUGGUGGCGGAUCUCUUCUUCAGCGGGGGACACUCGUCUAAGGAGGAGGACAGGAUUCACUGUCUCUGCACCAGAGCCUUCGUACAGGAUCGAGAGCUGUAUCGCUCUGAUAACAGACUGCUGUCCUUUGACCUGGUGGACAACACAGUCCAAGAAGCAGAUGAUGAAGAGGAGGAGGAGGAGGAGGAGACUGAGGAGGAGCUGGAUGAAGAGGCUCAGCUGAUGGCCAGUAUGGGUCUGCCUCUGGCCUUUGUCAGCUCCUCUGAGCAGAGGAGGGCAGGAAGGAGGUCAAACAGGAAGUCUGCCACAUUCUGGACAGAAGAAGAAGAAGACGAGGAGGAAGAUGAAAAAGAGCUACAGGUUGUCAACAAAGCUGAUGAGAAGGAAGCGUGCGAUCCACCGGAGGAAGGAACAGGAGGGCUCCAAGAUGCCGGCUGGGAAUCCUACUGGGCUCAACAGGGCGAAGCUCUGCUGUGGAGCAGCUGGCUGGAGAAACAUCCAGAGACUGAGCUGCUGUCUGCAGAAGAUCCACAAACAGUGACCGCUCCUUGGGACAACCCAGAGACAAAGGCUGCCUGGGACAAACACGCCGCAGACACCUACUACUCCUACUGGGAGCAGUAUUCAUACUGGGCAGCGCAGGGCUGGACCACCGACCAGUCUGUCUGUCAUGGGAAUACUGGUGGACAAGCUGCCGCAGGGAUGAUGGACGGAGGCAUAGAGACACACUCAGAUGAAUGGAAGGAUGGACAGACUGGAGCUGAAAACCAGCAGAGAGGAGUAGAAGCGAAGCCUCUUCAUGAUGAUGAUGUGGAGGUUUUGAAAGAUCUGUUUGGACAGACGUGCACAUUAGAAGCAGGUGGGAGCUCUGUGGUCUGCGGCUCUGAUGGUCCUUCAGACGGAGGGAAUGAUCGCAAAAGACCUGCUGAGUCCUCACAACAGAGCACAGCCAGACAUACAGGUUCCCAGGCUGCUGGCAGUCCUGAGGGACAGUCUGGCUCAAGGAAUAAGACGUCGGAUAGAGAAGAUGAGGAUGAUGAUGAUGAUGAUGAUGAUAAACCCCCAGGAAGUGGACAUGUAAAAGUCAAACGCAGUCAUGAGCUGGAUGUGGAGGAGAGCCCAAAUCUGACACCUGAUGAAGCUUGGAGUAAACUGGGACUCAAACACAACCCAGAACCCAUGUUCAACUGUGUGUUAAGCUUCAAAGGCAGUGCUGGUCAGAAGCAUCAGAGGCAGAGGUGGACUAAGAGAGGGGCCCGGAGCAUCAACAGACACAUGAGGUUCUCAGAAACAGGAGGAGACAACGCACAGCCACAGAUCAGCAGCACUCUGUGCAAGGUCCAGAAUUUCCUCAGAAAGAAUCAGAUAGAGACACAGAUGACCUCAAGUGACCGGGGUAAAAUGGGAGGAAGCGGUACACACGAACCUGAGGACAAUUCCCCAAAACCUGAGGAAGCGACGGGAGAAGAGGAGAGGAGGAAGAUGAUGAAGAGUGCCGACAGGGGAAAUAAAGAGGCUGUGGAAGAAGAGAGUUGUAAUUCUCUGUCCAGUUUAGAUGCAGACAGGAGGAAGAGCACUCAACCCAACACCUCCUUCUGUUCUGUCACUGAGCCUGUGGACGGUGAGAGGGAGGAGGAGGAGGAGGAGGAGGAGCAGCCUGGUAGACAGUUAACAUGUCUAGAAAUUCCUGACUUCCUCCUGUCUGAUACACCUGAAGACGACAGUGAGCUGAAUGUGAAAGACGGGAAGAAGCCGAAGAAGAAGAGAAAACGAGGGAGGAUGCAGCAGGUCCCAGCAGAGAUGGCAGCUGAGCCGAAGCUGGCGAAGUACUGGGCUCAGCGCUACAGACUCUUCUCUCGCUUCGACGAAGGGAUCAAGCUGGAUCGAGAGGGCUGGUUCUCUGUGACACCGGAGAGGAUCGCCGAGCACAUCGCCCUCAGGGUGGAGCACAGCUUCUCCGACUCUCAGCUGGUCAUUGACGCCUUCUGUGGUGUGGGAGGAAACGCUAUCCAGUUCGCUCUCACUGGAAAGAGAGUCCUGGCCAUUGAUAUCGACCCUGUGCGGCUGAACUUGGCGCGGCACAACGCUGCCGUUUACAAUGUGGACCAUCGUAUUGACUUCCUGCAAGGGGACUUCCUUCAGCUGGCGUCCCGUCUCCGUGGCGAUGUCGUCUUCCUGUCACCACCAUGGGGAGGACCAGACUACCUGACUGCUGAGGUGUUCGACAUCAGGACCAUGAUGGAGCCCGAUGGGUUUGAGAUUUUCCGCCUGGCCAAGCUGAUAUCAGACAACAUCGUGUACUUCCUGCCUCGCAACGCUGACAUGGAUCAGAUAGCCUCUCUGGCUGGUCCAGGGGGGAAGGUGGAAGUAGAGCAGAACUUCCUCAACAACAAGCUGAAGACAGUGACAGCUUACUUUGGCAGCUUGAUAAAAUCAGACAGCCAGUGACCCUGCCAAGGCAGGAACCAGGACGGAUUUCCUCCUCUGCUAGAUGGAACAGAAACUGACUUCCUGUUUUGUAUGUUUUGUCAUCAGAAAGUCAGAGAUAGUUCAGCCUGAAUCUGAAGAUCAGAGGUUACAGUUCCCGGGUUCAUAACAAGUUCUGAGAGUUUUACAGUUGAUAUUUUAUCCUUUUUUUUUUUUAAAUUGUACGUUGGAACCAAUAAAUGUUGUUCAGAGCA